GAUUGUUUCCUUCACUUCAGCUUGGGUCGGUUUGUUCGAAAUCUUUCUCGAUUCUCCUCAGCACCCCACCCAGUCAAUCCGCCACGCGUCCCAGAAGAAACAGAAAAAUAAAAUUUUGCAAAAUCGAGGGCUUACUUCAGUUUGCGCUCAUCUCUCAUCUCGAAAAUCCGAGAGAGAGAGAGAGAGAGAGAGAGAGAGAACGUGUAAACAGAGAGGUGCUAUGGUACAUAUAAUCUAUUGAUUCCUUGGAAACUAAGGUAUAAACCCAAUCAAGAGAAAAUAGAGCUAUUCAGGUUGGGAUAAACUCAUGGCAACUGCAACUGUGGCUACUGCAGCUGGUGCAGCUGCUCUUUUGUACUAUACAUUGAACCGGAAGUUGCAAUCAAGUACGUCUCAUGACGAUGACGAAAAUGAGAAUCUCAAUGUGGCAAGUAAUGUUCCUUUGGGAAUUGAACGAGUAUCGCAUAGGCUAGUUCAAGCCCCUGCUACAUGGUUGGAGACUAUCUCAACUUUGGCAGAGACACUUAGGUUUACUUACUCUGAGACUCUAGGAAAGUGGCCCAUUGGGGACUUGGCGUUUGGGAUCAACUUUCUAUUAAAGAGGCAGGGAAACUUGCAUGUUGGCAGCGUGUUUGGUGGUAAAGACAGCAUACAGCUGAAAGGGUCAGAAAUAACGAGUGAACUCAGAUAUCUCUUAAACCUGCUGACCUUGUGUUGGCAUUUCUCCAAAAAACCAUUUCCUUUAUUUUUGGAGGAGACAGGACAUACUGAAGAAAAUGUUCUUCUUCAAGAACCUAAAGCAGGAAUAUUGAAGCCAGCUUUUACAAUUUUAGUUGAUCACAAGACAAAAUAUUUCCUUUUACUUAUUCGUGGGACGCAUAGUGUCAAGGAUACUUUGACGGCUGUUACCGGAGCUGUUGUGCCAUUUCAUCAUACUGUUGUGCAUGAGGGAGGAGUCAGCAACUUAGUUUUAGGUUAUGCACAUUGUGGGAUGGUUGCAGCUGCUCGUUGGAUUGCAAAACUUGCGACUCCUUGUCUUAAAAAGGCUCUUGGGCAAUAUCCUGAUUACAAACUCAAGAUUGUAGGACACUCUUUGGGUGGAGGCACUGCUGCUCUUUUAACAUAUGUAUUGCGGGAGCAAAAUGAAUUAUCAAUGGCUAGCUGUGUUACAUUUGCUCCAGCUGCUUGCAUGACAUGGGAAUUGGCUGAAUCGGGCAAUGAUUUUAUUACUUCUGUUAUAAAUGGAGCUGACUUAGUGCCUACAUUUUCAGCUGCUGCUGUAGAUGACUUGCGUGCAGAGGUAACAGCUUCUGCAUGGCUGAAUGAUUUGAGAAAUCAGAUUGAGCGCACAAGAAUUCUUAGUACUGUUUAUCGUUCUGCAUCAGCUUUGGGUUCCCGUCUUCCAUCCAUUUCAAGUGCCAAAGCAAAGGUUGCUGGAGCAGGUGCAAUUCUGCGUCCAGUUUCCAAUGGUACUCAGGUUGUGAUGAAGAGGGCCCAGAGCAUGGCUCACGCAGCAUGGACCACCCGUUCUUCCCUUCUCCUGUCUUCAUGGUCAUGCAUUGGUCCCCGGCAUCGAGGCACAACUGCAUGUUCCAACUCAGCUGAUGGAAGUUCCCCAACAUUGUCCUCCAGAUUAGAAACUUCUGAGCCUCUUAUAUCUCCCAAGAAUACCACAAGAGAGGCCAUUGAAGUUCCUGUGACUUCUGGGGAAACAGAAUGGACAUCAGAAAUUGAAUGUUGUUCAGAUGAGAUGGCUAAACACUUAGAUAUAGAUGCUGAUCUUGAUGGUGGUGAGGAUUUCAGGAGCAAUACGCGUGAAGACAGAAUUAAUGAAGUUGAAUUGUGGCAACAACUUGAGCAUGAGCUUUAUGAGAGAGCAGAUGGUGAGCAUGCUGAUCUGGCAAAGGAAAUAAGGGAAGAAGAAGCAGCAGCCAUGGCAGAGGUAGGUAUGAGCCAGUCCGAGAGCACUGCUCCAGAAACAAAGGAAGUACACAGGUUCUUCCCUCCAGGAAAGAUCAUGCACAUUGUUACCCUUCCAUUUGAUAGUGCAGAGAACGAAGUUGAUUCCCUUUCCAGUAGUGAUUCAGAAAAUACCCAGCCUCUGGGCGAGGCUGAAGUUGGGAUUUUCGUGACCCCAAGAUCCCUGUAUGGUAAACUGAGGCUUUCUCAGACUAUGAUUAGUGAUCAUUUCAUGCCUGUCUAUAGGAGACAGAUUGAAAAACUAAUUAAAGAACUGGAGCAGGAACCAUCUGAUGAGAACCAUUAUUGCAGAGAGAAGGUAGUGUUAUAGGGAAAUGAUCAUUGACACGUGGGAAUCAUUAGGAUCCUGAAAAUGGAUUUUGACAUUUUCUGACAUACCUAAAAUAGAAAGGAAUUCAGGGUUUUGGAUUUUUCAUUGAUCUUUACCAGCCGAGAGCAUCAGAACUAUUAGCCUUUUGUGCCUUAUUAACUGAAAAAGAAAAGAUUUGUGGUUGAAGCCAUUUGGCUUGUCAGCGAACCUGAUUAAUUGCACUUACAAAUAGUUUUUUUGGGGAGCAAUUUUUCUCCGGGUAGUAUGGUCUUGGGCCUUCUGUAAAUUGGUGUCUAGUUGAAAAUUGCAUUUCCCCCCUUUCUUCUAAUAAGUUGGCUUAAUGGCCUGCGCAUAAAUGUAACCAUUGUUUAAUGAUAUGCAUUAUCUUUUUUC